UGUUUUGCUUGUACAUUUAAUGACACAAAUUGUGAAUUUAAAUUGUUUAUAUUGGUAUCUCGUUGAUACAAAACUUAUUUUAACUCAAAAAGAUAUGUGGUGCUGACAGCGAAACAGUUGGGGAAUCACGCUAUCAAACAAAUGAGCGGUGCGCUGAAUAAUGGUAUUGGAAGAUAAGAUAAACGGCCUAUCAAUACAUUUUAUAAUCAGGUCUUCGUCGUGUGUUAAUCGUUCCCAAAUUUUUUUCACAACUUGUUCAAAUUUUUAUAUGAUAAAUGCUAAAGUGCGCUAAGGUGUGGCAAGUUCUGUAUUGUAUUGUGUAUUGAAAUUGUGCAAAUUGCAUGCGUUGCAUAUUAAUGCCAAUCUAACAAGUAAGCUUAAAUAAUUCAACUUAAAUACGGUAUUAGAAGAAAAACUGCUGAAAAUGGCACCGACCUACGACAAAGAAAUGUUCAACAUGUCCGUAAGUGUUAACAAGGCACUAAACCCAAUGGAGGCACCGCUCAAAAUGAAACACGCUCGCUUUAUAAUCAUAACUACACAUCGCGUUAAAGAAGCGAAAUCACUAUGGAUGAUUUUCACGCGCCAACCACUCAUGGAAAAUAGGUUUACUGCAUGGAAAUUUUGUCACCUAUUGCAUAAAGUCCUACGAGAGGGUCACGCCAGCACUAUUAAGGAUUCACAGACGCAUAAGAAAAUGAUUUUGGAAAUGGGAAAGUUGUGGGGACAUUUGCAAGACGGUGUUGGUAAUUGCAUACAGGCCUACAGUAAACUAAUUGUGACCAAAUUAGAAUUCCAUGAGAAAAACAUUUUGUUUCCUGGUUCUCUAUUGAUAGACUUCAAAGAAAUUGAAAAAGCCGCUGGCGAUGACAUCAACAUAUAUUUCCAGCUUUGCGUUGAAAUUUUCGACUAUUUGGAUGAUAUUUUGGAAGUACAAUCGCGCGUAUUUACAUCCAUUAAUGCAUAUCGCAUGUCUUCCAUGACACCGCAGGGCCAAUGCCGUUUAGCACCAUUAAUUACGCUCAUACAAGAUUCGAAUCCUUUGUACGAUUUAUGCGUACGUGUUAUGUUCAAAUUACAUGACAAACUGCCAAAUGACAUCUUAACCGGACACCGUGAUCGUUUUCGUGAAUUAUUUUUCAAAAUCAAAACAUUCUAUGACAAUGUACGACCACUACAGUAUUUCUCCGAUCUGAUACAGGUGCCACAUCUGCCAGAGUCAGCACCAAAUUUUACUUCGAAAGUCGAUUUUGGUAGUUAUGUACCGCCAGUGAUGUAUGUACAACCCGACCCCGAGCCACCGAUGGAAACUUUAGUGGACACCAGUAUUUCGCAGGAAUCAGCCGCCUCAACACCAACCGCUACUGGCACAGAAGUGGUUGAUAAUGCCUCGCUACAAAAUACGAUUCGUGAUUAUGAAUAUGCAUUACAAGAUGUACAAACAGAAUUGGUAACGCUUAGACAAAAUGCUGAAAUGCGCGAAAGAAAUUAUGAGCAUGAAAUAACGCGUUUGCGUAAUGAAAUAGCCGGUUUGAAUGGCGAGUUGCAGCAUACAAAGGAAAUUUGCGCGAAUAUGCAGACCAUGAAGGACAGUCUGGAACAGAAAUUAAUCGAAACGCCAAUACUAUUACAGAAAGCAACUGAGGAGGAGCAAAAGGCGAAAACAUCGGAGGAAAAGUUUAGCAAGUUGAAGGCAAUGUACACACAAAUUAGAGAUGAACACAUUAAUUUAUUGAGACAGCACGGCGAAUCUACUAAAAAUUUGAAUCGCGAAAAACAUGCAAACACAGAAUUGCAAGAUGAAGUGAACAAUCUGAAAUCGCAAAUAAGCGAAAUAAAAGGUGAACUUGAAAAAAGUGAGCAGAUCGGUACAGAAAAACUUGCAUUAACAACCGAAAUCGAAACCAUGUCGCAGGAUUAUAAAAAGCUUCAACGUGAACACGAGGAAUUAAGAAAUGAAUACCAAAGAUUUUCGCAAAAUAAGAAUAGCGAAAUUGCCGAACUGUCGAUUAAAGCCGUGCAGCUGCAAACCGAGUCAGCGGCAUUGAUUGAAAGUCAAUCGAAGGUGGCACAACUUGAAGAGAAACUGAAUACAUUGAACGAUUAUUUCAAUAAAAAACAAAUUGAAAACUUUUCUACCAUAGAAGAGUUGAAGCGGGACUUGGAAAAUAAAAAUGGUGAUAUAAAUAAGUUGCAAACAACACACCAGACCGAAAUAAGUGAGAAAGUUCACAAAAUCAAGGAACUAGAAUUGAGCUUAAAUAACAUGGAGCAAAAUUUAGGGGAAAAUAAAACACUUGUAGUGAACCUUGAAAAGGAGCAACUUUCGAACAUCGAAAAACUGCAGGAAUACCAAGAGCAAAAAAACAAUUUGGAAACCAAAUUGGUCGCAGCCAAUACAGCGUUAGAAAUGGAGAUCGCUGCUAAGCUUGAAAGUGAAAAGAAAUAUGAAAAUAAACUUAAUUCCCUUUAUCAAAAAGUAUUAAAUACCAUCGAAGUCGUAACGGAUGCAAAAGUCAACGAAGUAAAUCAGCCAAAUUUCGACAAGACAAUAAAAUUAGUGGGUGAUAUGGAGAAAAUUUUGGAGCAAACGGACAGUAUUUAUGCACAGUUUGUCGAGCACAAACUACUUAUGGACGAUGUCACACAACAGACAAUAUUUUUGGGUUGUGCAUUUAUAACGCUGCACGAACAGUGCCUCCUGAUAUAUAACACAACCACCGAUAUAGGCAAAGGCGAAGAUAUUUACAAUCAAAUCAAUAUCGUUAAAGACCCGCUACUAACACUAUUUCAACAAAUGAAAACUAUCGAAGAUGUAGCAAAAAUCAAACAUUCCAUUGUGGAAACAAAACAAAAACUAAGUGCGUUAAACAAAUCAGUGACUGAACUCAACAAAUCGAGCAAUAAUCAUGUGGAGUUGGGUGAUUUGGUUGAGAAUGAAUUAGCCGAAAUGGACAAGGCGAUCGAAGAAGCUGCUGGGAAAUUUGUAGAGUUGCUCUCUAGUGCACGUUCCAAAGAUGAGGGUAUCAAAUUGGAAGUGAAUGAGAAAAUUCUCGAUGCUUGCACAUUCCUUAUGCAAUGCAUUAAGUUGUUAAUACGUAAGGCUAAAGCUUUGCAAGAGGAAAUUGUGUCAGCCGGACGAGGCACCACCUCGAUUAAGGAAUUCUACAAACGUAACAGCCAAUGGACGGAGGGUUUGAUAUCGGCAGCCAAGAGCGUUGCCAAAGGUGCUAAUCUACUCGUCGAAGCCGCUAACAAAGCUAUCGUCUCGGAAUCGACACAAAAUUUCGAACUUAUUGUUGCUGCGCAAGAAAUUGCCGCCUGCACUGCUCAAUUGGUCAUCGCCAGCAAAGUGAAGGCGCCCAAGGAGAGCCAAAAGUUGGGCGAUUUAACAAAAGCAUCACGUGACGUAUCACAAGCGACAGGGCAAGUCGUAGCCACAGUUAAGGAUUGCAAUCAAUCGCUGGAACAGCUGCAGGAGGUCGACUUCACCAAGUUAACAUCGUCGCAAGCAAAAACCAUGGAAAUGGAGAUACAUGUCAAAGUUUUGGAACUGGAGCAAGCACUACAAAUGCAACGUUUGAAAUUGGCGUCAUUCCGACGCAAACAUUACCAAAAUUCCGACGAUUAAACGAUUUAUGUGUAUAUCAAUGUUUCUUAUUUUUUUUUUAUCUCACUUUGACAAUUAGUUUAAGUUGUACAGAAUGUUUUAUUAUACUAGUAUUGUAUAUGAUGCGAAAGCGAAAAAGAAAAACAAAAAAAAAAAAAAAAAACGAAAUAGAAA